AUGGCCCGGACGCUCCAUUGCUCGGGAGAGAGAAGAAGAGGACAUGCCCUGGAAUGCGCGAAUGCCUCUCCCAUCGACAAGCCCGGCGCGCGUGUCCCAAACAGGCCAGAACCUGGGGGACGUCAUCCAACAAUUGCAGCCCAUGCCCGCGGACCCCCCACCACUGGCACAUGCUUCCGCAUGCACGGAUUUCAUUCUGUGUCUCGCCCUUCUUUCUUGACCUGUCACUGUCACUGGGGAAGAACAAAAAAGGGACCCCGUCAGAUGUUGCUGUCAUUGGAAAUGGCCUUGCAUGCCGUGGCGUGCCACUUGGGAACAAGAGCCGAACUGUAG